AUGCCCGAACUCAACCUCAUUUGCCAGUACCGCCUCGUGCGCAUCCGUGGACGUAGCCAUCACGUCGCGAACGGCGGGCGUACGGGUAUCUACAGCCCGGAACUCAGGCAGCUCUGCGAGCUCGAUUCCCUUCACCGUAUGCCCGAAGCGCCGCACUUCUGUCCGAAGCGCAACUGCCAGGCUCGCACUACCUUCACCGCGCAGCUGUGCUACGCGGAAGGAUGGGCCGGAGCUUGGGGUUACGUGUGCGAUUUGUGCCACGGCAUCCACUGGCCAUGGCAGUCAGGACCCACGGAGCCCGUCCUGCGCCUCAUUGAAGAACGUCGCGAGUUCGACCGCGAAGAGGAAGCCCGGCUGAAGCUCGCACGUCGGGCGUCGGCUGACGCGCGCCGACGUCAACGCGAGGAGGACGAGGCUCGGAAAAGGGCGAAGAAGUCUAUUCGGGAGACAAAGAAGCGCGAGAAAGCCUUAACGAAGGCCGUACGUCAGGCCACUCAAGCCGAGGAGGCGGCGGACCGCGCACAACGCAAGGUUGAAGACGCCGCCAAGGUAGCCUUGAAACGCCGCGCCAUCGCAGAGCGUCGUAAGAAGGCAUCGGACGCCAUGCGCGCGAACAUGGACAAGGCACCAGCUCUCCAUGUUCAGCAGGCGGAGAACGUCGAGGCCUUCGGGAAUAUCGACAAUACGAGGGGCACCUCGCCGACUACGAACACCCCGGUCAUAGCGAACGAUGUUGCCCCCGCCGCCAGAAGGAACAUGCGCAUCCUCGACGUGGUCGUGUGGGCGAAGGACAAGGUUGUGCCCACGCGAACCGAGGUCAGGGUCGACGCCGAUAAGCCUCUCUGCUUGGGUCUAUUGGGACAUGUUCUCCCGGACCACGACCCCCGGGACCCCUACCCGUUCGAAUAUUGGGAAACCGGGCUGCAGAACUGGCUCCCCGUCAUCGACGCCCUGAUGGAUCUCGCCCUCGCGCGCGAUGCCCCGGUUCUCCUCGUCCGUGUCGACACGGUCACACGCUGCGAGCAGUUCGGCCUGGAAUUGCACUGCCUGCAGCAAGAUGGCGCGCUGGACGUCGCCAGCAUCAGCGACCUUGUUGAAGCAGCAGGACAGUACCGACGGGAAGUCCUCGCACGGGGCGUCACUGUCCAUGGCGUCUGGGUCGUCUUCUGGGCAGACGACGACGUUCUCCCCACCGCUCGCCUCCUCCCUCUUGGCCCGAACGCCUCGAUCAGACUGGACGAUCACAGCGACGUCGCGGCGAUCGUCGCUACUCAUGCGAACCCGCGUUUCGAGAUCUGGUCCCAUCACAAGACGGAAUGGACAGCUUGUGGCGUGGACGCCCCACUCCGGGUGCGCGCGAACACCAACACCAUCCUGCUACGUAUCGCAAACCUCGAGGGCAUGCCGCGCCUGGGUCUCGAGAUCGACAUGCUCGACGUGGGGAGGACUGUCCAAGAGGGCGGGGCGCCUAACCCAGACCUGGACGCGCAUGGUAUCCUGGGCGGCUUCGACGCAUGGGCCCAUAUGUACCAAGGGGUGUCGUAUUCGCCGUGGGUCACGGAGCGGCUGGCGCCCAUAUGCCUAGAGCAGAUGAGGAGGCCAAUGUGA